AGGUCAUCCACGGAUCCACCGGUCCCACGCCGGACAGUCUCCAGCGGCAGCCGGCGGCCGGCGACAGAGGGAACGGCGGGGCGGGCAGCGCCCGUCCAGGUCGCGAGCUGCCAGUGGGGGGCGACCGGGGGAGGUAGCGCACGCGGCUUCCAGGAGCGGCGGGGCGGCGUCCGGGCGUCUAGGGAGUGAAUAACUUCUGUAACAUCAAAUAGCCAUCCAGCAAAUCUUGGCCAUCGGGAUCCAGACAACCAGACCCCCGUGAAAGCAGGUGGAGAUGGCGCAACCUGAGCCAAUUGCGAAGCGCAGCACGGCAUGUAGCCAGGGUGUAGCUGGUGCUGUGGACAGGCUUAGUGCGCUGCCGGAUGGGGUCAUCCACACCGUGUUGUCCUUCCUCCCAGCCCCGGAAGUUGUGCGGACAUGUCUGCUGUCACGGCGGUGGAGAAGCCUUUGGCGCUCUGUGCCCCGCAUCAACCUCGAUAUGAAGGACUUCGGGAUCUCCAUGAUGACCACCCGUGAUGGUGCCCUGGAGGAGAAGUGGGCCAGGUUUGAGGAUUUCGCCACCAACCUGCUGUUGUUCCAUGAUAAUACCUCGUCCUUGGGUGAAUUCCGUCUUUCAUCGCACAUCUAUAACCAGCGUCAUGUGGACCGAUGGAUUCGCCGUGGCAUCGAGUACUGCCCUUCUCUGCUCAAAAUUCUGAUAUAUCCUUGCUUCAAGUUGCCACCAAUAGUGGGCUCAAAUUUUUGUCAUCUUAAGACGCUGAAUCUUCGCAAUGCGGAUCUGGGUAGCCAUUUCACGGGCCUGCUCUGUUCUACCUGCCCUGUCAUGGAAGAUUUGGAGCUUGAAAACUGCGAGUUUUCUGGCAAUUCUUCUCAACGCAUUACAUCAUCGACACUGAAAAAGUUGGUAUUAGACUGUUGUGUGAACAACACAGGUUAUCCAUUGUUGAUCGCAGUUCCUAGCCUUGCAAAUCUCUGUCUCAUGUAUGGAUGCUACCAAUCUUGUAUUUCUUUAUGCAAGAUGGAUUCCCUUGUCAAGGCAGAGAUUCAUGUUGCAGAAUACGGAAAAACUUUGCCUCAGCAUUCCCAGCGUGAGCUUCUUUGUAGCCUCUACAAUGUGACAAGCUUAAAGUUGUUGGGUUUUCAAGUGAAGGGGAUGCUGAAUGAGAAGUCUGAUAAAUUCCCAAUAUUUCGUAAUAUGCGAACCUUGGAACUUGAUAGCUGUUUUCUUGAGGAUUAUGAACUGUACGAAAAAUUAGAGGCUCUAGGGAGCUUUCUUCAGAGCGCACCUUGUUUGGAGAAGCUUAUUUUGAAGUAUUGCAUGUUCUAUUGGUUUUUUGGUGCGAAGAGCGGUAUAGAAAGGAAAAAUAUCACUCUGCACUGCCAGGAUGGAAAGACCUUCCAGUGUCCAAAGCUGAAGUUGAUAGAAGUCAUCUAUGAUCAGGACAAUGAUCACGAACUAGUUGAACUUUUGUGGAGCCUCGGGAGGAGCCUACCAGAUGCCAGCAUCAAACUUAAGAAAAUCUGAGGAGUUUCUUGCCUAGCCCAUUUCUUUGUGCAAUCUUCGGUGAGGCAUUUGUCUUGCACAUUUCUUAGCAUAUUGAGUGGACGUGUAUGUGCGCUGUGUGGGCAUGAAUUGGCCAUAGGUGUUCCAUUCUGUAUUGAACUUAUUUGAUGUAGGAUACUUUUUUUCAGAUAUGAUUAUGAGUUUUAAGAUGAAUUUA